GGACAGAAUUCUGGAAGGGAAGGGUGUGUGUGUAUAAAUAGGGAUAAUAGAGGAAAGGAAGGAAGGAAGCAGAGAAACUAAAAGCAAACAAGACUUCAACUACAAGCUGCAGUGAAGUUUUGGAGGAUUCAAUAUCUAGAAGCUCCUGAACUGUGAGCAUGUCUCAGCUACAGGAGGAGGAAGAGGAGGGGAAGGUGAAGAGGCUAGAGGUGAGAGAUGAAGACCUGAUCCAAGCGAGGGAUAAGCUGGCCUUUGGGACGGAGGUGAAGAGUAAGACCUUUCAGGUGAUGGAGGAAUGCGAGCGUGUUGGAAAAGUCGCUCCAUCCGUGUUCAGCAAUGUUCGCUCAGGUGGAGAGACUGUCUUCAACAAACCCAGCAAGAAAAAGUAGAACUCUCAGAGAAGAAUUCAAGUUUCAGCACUACAGAUUUACAGAAUUUGUCUUGUGUGCUGAAAUGAGUUAAGAAAAAUGUUCAAUAAAAACUUUAAAAGUCUUGCA